AUGAAUAAUGCUUAUUAUCAGAUAUCAGGGCCACCCGUUUCCGAGCAUGCAUAUCUGUCACCCAAUCAAGAUCCAAUGCUGUUGAACUAUAAACAUGUAAACGAACUCGGGGGGCAUACUGAUCGUGCCUAUCCAGUUCAUGAUAUUAUUAUGCCUUAUUCAGCUGCAGCACAGCCUGUGCCAUCCCAAGCUUCAAAGAAUCAGUUUUAUUCCCCUUCUAAUAAACUUACUCUAGAGGGUGCUUAUGCAACUGGGAUAGGCAGCAGUUAUAAGCGACCACUUCCCCAUCCUCAGUAUUCACAUCAGACUAUCCUCAAGGCCAGUCAUUAUGCUCAGACAUUGCAAUAUUCUCAACAUGCUCAUCAUAACAUCAUCCUUCCGCAACCUAAAUUUCAUUCUUCAUUGAUGCCUGUGGGUAGUAGUCAUACUCAAUCAAUGCAACAUCCUCAAUAUCCAUAUCAGAGUAUACCAAAAUCAUCGCAUGAUUUUCAUCCCACAGUUGCAAAUGCAGACAGCAGUCAUUCCCGGUUGUCGUGGGUUCCUCACUAUAGCCACCAGAAUAUCCCAAACUUGCAACCUAACACUUAUUCCACCUCGCUAAAUGCAGGUCACAGUUAUGCUCAAUCAUUGCCAGAUCCUCAAUACACACAUCAGAAUGCCCAAAAUCUUCAACAUGAUUUCAGUUCUUCCCUCGUGAACAUUGGCGACACCAAUGUCACGAUGCAUUCAUAUGAUUUGUCAUCAUUUAAUCAUCCACACUUUCCUCAAGAAUUUCCAUCUUCCACAUAUUCAUCUCAAGGGUCUGGAGCCAUACAAGGGAGAUAUCAAGUAGUCAGCAAACUGGAAUGUGAAGUGAGUAGCAUGAGUCAUCAGGACUGUUGCAUUCCUUUUGUAUUAGGCAUACAUCAAUAG